GCAUCGCCCAUCAUGUUCAUCCGGCGCGUGACGUCCCUCUCGUCGCCCGACUUUGCGGCGGCGUGCGCCUCCCUCCCCCGCUCGUUCGGGGGGGACCAUAUCUCCGCAGCCAUCAACGCAGGCGACAGUGUGCUCGAAGCCGCCCGCCUGCGCGCGAGCAUCACGACGGCGGUGCUGGACCUCGAGUGCUAUGUUGCGGGCGAGGAGGGGGACGUGCACGGCGUCAUGCUCGUCAAGCCGCCUGGGAUUGCGCACGGCGUUUCUCCGAACGCCAAGGGCGCGCACACCGAGGCCGUGGACGCCAUGAUCAAGGACGACGCGCUGCGGGACGCUGCGAAGAAGCUCUUCGCCAUCUUCUACGACAUUGAAGAACGCGCGUUCGGCCCACGCCGCGUCACGGACAUGUACUAUGUCUCGCACCUGGGCGUGGAGACGUGCGCACGCGGCCGGGGCGUGGGGAGCGCGCUGAUACGCCAUAUCGUGGACAAGGCAAGGGCCGAGGGCGUGCCGGUUUGUCUGUUGACUAUGACGGAGAAGAAUGAAGCACUUUAUCGCCAUCUCGGGUUCAUGUCGCAUGCGUAUCUCGAGGACGAGAUACGAGGCAUCCACACCCGCUGGUGGGCCAUGAAGACCGACUUGCCGGUGCCGGUGCCGAAGUAGACUUGACGAAUAGACAAGUAGAUGCGAUGUAGUGAUGGGU